AUGUCGCGCGCGAACCCCCCCAAUGCUUCGGGCUCCCGAAAGAUCUCGUUCAAUGUGAGCGAGCAAUACGAUAUUCAGGAUGUCGUCGGCGAGGGUGCCUACGGAGUUGUCUGCUCUGCGAUACACAAGCCUUCUGGCCAAAAGGUCGCCAUCAAGAAGAUCACACCCUUCGACCACUCGAUGUUCUGCCUGAGAACCCUUCGUGAGAUGAAGCUUUUGAGAUACUUCAACCACGAGAAUAUUAUCUCCAUCCUUGACAUUCAAAAGCCCCGGAGCUACGAGACUUUCAAUGAGGUCUACCUCAUUCAGGAACUCAUGGAGACGGACAUGCAUCGUGUCAUCCGCACCCAAGAUCUGUCCGACGACCAUUGCCAGUACUUCAUCUACCAGACCCUUCGUGCCCUCAAGGCUAUGCACUCAGCCAACGUCCUACACCGUGAUUUGAAGCCUUCCAACCUGCUUCUGAACGCCAACUGUGACCUGAAGGUCUGUGACUUUGGCCUGGCUCGUUCCGCGGCCUCUCAAGAAGACAAUUCGGGAUUCAUGACGGAAUACGUGGCAACGCGCUGGUACCGUGCUCCCGAGAUCAUGUUGACAUUCAAGGAGUACACGAAAGCCAUCGACGUCUGGUCUGUCGGUUGUAUUCUGGCCGAGAUGCUGAGCGGAAAGCCCCUGUUCCCUGGCAAGGACUACCACCACCAGCUGACCCUGAUUCUCGAUGUCCUCGGUACCCCGACGAUGGAGGACUACUACGGGAUCAAGUCCCGCCGUGCCAGGGAGUACAUCCGCUCGCUUCCUUUCAAGAAGAAGGUUCCCUUCCGCACCUUGUUCCCCAAGACAUCCGACUUGGCUCUCGACCUCCUCGAAAAGCUCCUUGCUUUCAACCCUGUGAAGCGUAUCACGGUUGAGGACGCCCUCAAGCAUCCAUACCUUGAGCCGUACCACGACCCGGAUGACGAGCCCACCGCGCCUCCCAUUCCCGAGGAGUUCUUUGACUUCGACAAGCACAAGGACAACCUGAGCAAGGAGCAGCUGAAGCAAUUGAUUUACCAGGAAAUUAUGCGGUGA